AUGACAAAGCGAGCUGAAACGCACAUCUGGUGCGUACAUGCGAAACUAAAAAGAGAAGCUUGGACACAGAACAAGGAUUAUGCCACUUUAGGCAGAUGGGAGGAAAAAUUAAAGCUUAAGCUGAAUACCAUUGGUGGCUACAAUGACAAGUCUGAAAGCACUAAUAAUGUUGAGGAGUACAAUUUGGAAACAGGUACGUGGGAGAGCAUGCCUCCAUUGCCACAGCACUUACGGGGCAUGAAUGUGGCGCUAUUGAAUGAAAGCAUCUACGUUUUGGGAGGUUAUGUGCACAAUGCAGCUGCGCCUUUAGUCACUGUGUUUGACAAUAACGACAAUUUGUUGAAACCACGUUUUGAAGCAAACGUCACGGUAUUUGAGGAUAAAAUAUACGUUUUUGGUGGCUUUUCAGCUGCAGGAUCACCACUUGCCAAUUGUGAAUGCUAUGACGCAGUGAGCAAUACUUGGACACAAUGUGCUGAUAUGCUGGAACCACGUGUUCGAAUAAAUUAUUAUGCUCUACCUUUUCCAGUUGACAAUAGCAAAGGGGCAAAUUUAUGUGUUUGGCGGUACAAAAGCUUUGGUGGCGUUUGUGUGCAAUCUUAUGAUCCAUUCGAAAAUGUGUGGACAAAGAUUUCUCCAAUGAAUAUUGAACGUAGCAACAAAUGUGGCUUAUAUCUAAACGACCGCAUUCUAGCCAUUGGCGGUCUGGCAAAUUCAAAGGAUAAUUAACAGAGCUCUAAAAACAACAUUGAGGCGCCGA